UCUCUCUUUCGCUCUUCCUCUGAGGAGACGGAAAGUGUGCGGCGGCGUUGUGUCUGUGGUUGUACCGAUUUCUAAAGUGGACUAAUGGCUGAUACUUUGACACUUUUCACCUCGAUUGGGCUCAGCGAGCAGAAAGCGAAGGAGACGCUGAAAAAUGAAGCUUUGAGUUUGGCACUAAAGGAAGGGAUUAUUCAGGCUCAGCGUGUCAAUGGGGCAUCUGGAGUGGACAAAGCCAUGGGCACUUUGCUGUACAGUAUGGCCUCCCGUCUUAAAGACAACAAACGCCUGGUAUUUCUGUCAGACUGCAUCGCUCAGAGGAAAAUCUGUACAGAACUACAGCUGGCAGCUGCUUUAGACUUUGUCAAAAGUCAUCCUGAGGAUCCCAUCAGUCAGAAGGAGUUUGAUGAAACAUGUGGUGUUGGUGUAGUCAUAACACCGGAGCAGAUUGAGGAUGCUGUUGAGUCUGUCAUCAAGAAGCACAAGGAGCAGCUGCUAAUGGAGAGGUAUCGCUUCAACAUGGGAUUGCUAAUGGGAGAAGCACGCUCAGCUCUAAAGUGGGCCGACGGGAAGGUGAUCAAAAACGAGGUGGAUGUGCAGGUUCUGCACCUGCUCGGACCCAAGACGGAGGCGGAUCUAGAGAAGAAACCCAAGGCACAGAAAGCAAAGGUGGCAGAGAAUGACGUGAAGGCGAGGAAAGAGGAGGUGACAUUGAAUGGUGAUGGAGAUUUUGUGGAAGGAAGAUCUCUAAUGGAGCAGCUGAGAGGAGAAGCACUGAAGUUUCAUAAACCGGGAGAAAACUACAAAACCGAGGGUUAUGUUGUGACUCCAAAAACAAUGGAUCUCCUUCAGAAACACAUCGAGUUCACAGAUGGACAGAUCCGUACCCGUUUUCCACCUGAGCCCAACGGUAUUCUUCAUAUUGGACAUGCUAAAGCCAUUAAUUUCAACUUUGGUUACGCCAAGGCAAACAGUGGGAUUUGUUUCCUAAGGUAUGAUGACACCAAUCCUGAGAAGGAGGAGGAGAAAUACUUCACUGCCAUCAAGGACAUGGUGGAAUGGCUGGGUUACACACCGUAUGAUGUCACGCACGCGUCUGACAACUUCCAGAAACUCUACGACCUUGCCGUUGAUCUGAUCCGCAGGGGCCAUGCGUAUGUGUGCCAUCAGAAGGGUGAGGAGCUGAAAGGCCACAACGUUCCCCCAUCUCCAUGGAGGGACCGACCUGUCGAAGAGUCUCUGGUGCUGUUUGAGAGGAUGAAGAAGGGCAUGUUCGCCGAGGGAGAGGCCACGCUGCGGAUGAAGAUGGUCAUGGAGGAUGGGAAGAUGGAUCCUGUGGCAUAUCGAAUCAAGUACACGCCUCAUCACCGAACAGGAGACGAAUGGUGUAUUUACCCUACCUAUGACUACACACACUGUCUGUGUGACUCUAUUGAAAACAUCACCCAUUCUCUGUGUACCAAAGAGUUUCAAGCCAGGCGUUCCUCGUAUUACUGGCUGUGUAACGCUCUGGAUUUGUACUGCCCCGUUCAGUGGGAAUAUGGCCGCUUGAACCUCACCUACACCGUUGUGUCGAAGAGGAAAAUUAUCAAACUUGUUGAGACUGGUGUGGUCAGAGACUGGGACGACCCCAGACUCUUCACUCUGACUGCUUUGAGGAGAAGAGGUUUCCCCCCUGAGGCCAUCAAUAACUUCUGUGCACGCGUUGGUGUAACCGUUUCCCAGACGACGACAGAACCUCAUCUGCUGGAGUCGUGUGUGAGAGACGUCCUGAAUGACACCGCUCCUCGUGCCAUGGCAGUGCUGGAACCCCUCAAGGUCACCAUAACAAACCUCCCCAAGGACACAAAGAUGGAUGUAAGGGUACCAGACUUUCCUGCCAAUGAGGCCAAAGGCACCCACACCGUUCCUUUUACAUGCACAAUAUUCAUCGAACAGAGCGACUUCAGAGAGGUAAUGGAGAAAGGUUACAAGCGUCUGACUCCAGAACAGCCGGUUGGCUUGAGACAUGCUGGGUAUGUCAUCUCUGUCCAGAAAGUCAUCAAGGACUCUCAGGGUAACGUGGCGGAGCUGGAAGUGACCUGCUGCAGCUCAGAGACUGCAGAGAAACCAAAGGCUUUCAUCCACUGGGUCAGCCAGCCGCUGGUGUGUGAAGUGCGUCUCUAUGAAAGACUCUUCCUGCACAAGCACCCAGAGGAUCCGUCGGAAGUGCCAGGUGGCUUCCUGAAUGACAUCAACCCUAACUCCCUGCAGGUGGUCAGCAGUGCCUUAGUGGAUACCUCAGUGAAGGAUGCAAAAGUUUUGGAUAAAUUCCAGUUUGAGAGAGUUGGUUACUUCUCUCUGGACCCUGACAGCUCAGCUGAUAAGCUUGUUUUUAACAGAACUGUCACACUCAAAGAAGACCCAGGAAAGAUCUGAUUGAUUAAAAAAAAAAGAAGCUGUGCUUAUUCCCCAGAGCCUUCAGAUACUUGACCACUGUGUUUGUAUCACUUAUGUUGGAAUGUCAGCAAGGACACAGACAGAUCUGACUGAGACUGCUUUAAAUUAUAUGCCUUUUCUUGUUGCCUGAAACAUUUCUAAUCAGCUCUUCUCAUGUAUGUCUCGUUUGACUGGUUCAUAAGGGAAGCAGCAAACUUUGAGGCUGCUCUUUGGUUUGUCUUACGGCUUUACCAGUCAGUGUUAAGAGCCCCUUCAAGAUUUGUGUGUGUUUUUGCUGCAGCAGUGACUAUCUGUUAUGUGGGUACCUGUAAGCAACUUUGAUUAAAAAAAAGGGGCUUCCUGAGCAAAUUUUAUUAUGACUGAUGUUUUACGUUAAGGGGAUGCUCUCAAAUGCCAUAUUUGAUUUUCUUACUGAGGUGGUACCAUCCCAUCUUGUGGUUUUUCAGACUCACAUGGGUCCUUUGUACAGCAAAAAAUAAAAUUAAUAUGAUAAAACUGUC